AUGGCCAAGUGGCUUCUGGUCGCGCUGAUGUCGGGAAUGGUUGUGAGUAACAGCCUCAGUGCAGCCGACACCUUCAUACCACCGCCCGAUUCCUCCUUCCAACCUGCCGAUUUCACAGCCAAAGGGCCAGAUAACAGGAAAGACGCAAAGGACAUAUUCCCUGCAACUGUUGAAUCCUCCUCACAGGUGAAGCCCCCACUUCUUCCUCUCACAAACAUAGAUGGGUGUAUCAGAAACCCCUGCCAACAUGAAACCUGUGUGAGCAAAGAUGGCGGGAAAACAUGCACCUGCUACCCUGAAUGGAAUGGACAAAACCGUCAUCAAUACAUAGAUGAGUGUGCCAACAACCCAUGCCAACAUGGAACCUGUGUGAACAAAGAUGGCGGAUACAAAUGUACCUGCUCAGCUGGAUGGACUGGACAGAACUGUCAGCAAGAUAUCAAUGAGUGUACCAGAAAACCAUGCCAACAUGGACGCUGUGUGAACAAAGAUGGUGGAUACAAAUGUACCUGCUCACCUGGAUGGACUGGACAGAACUGUCAGCAAGAUGUCAAUGAGUGUGCCAGAAACCCAUGCAAACAUGGACGCUGUGUGAACAAAGAUGGUGGAUACAAAUGUACCUGCUCACCUGGAUGGACUGGACAGAACUGUCAGCAAGAUGUCAAUGAGUGCACCAGAAACCCAUGCAAACAUGGAACCUGUGUGAACAAAGAUGGCGGAUACAAGUGUACCUGCUCACCUGGAUGGACUGGACAGAACUGUCAGCAAGAUAUCAAUGAGUGUACCAGAAACCCAUGCCAACAUGGACGCUGUGUGAACAAAGAUGGCGGAUACAAAUGUACCUGCUCACCUGGAUGGACUGGACAGAACUGUCAGCAAGGUGUGCUGUGUAAGUAA